UGGGAUCUCUAUGGGACGCGCACUUGGCCACCCAAGCCCACCCCCUUGGAGACGAACCUUCAUUGCCGCGGCCUAGCUUUUUGACGCAGCCUCCCACAUUCAUAAGGAGUCGCCGACAGAAGAUGGUUCUGAAGGACAACGGACGAAGGUCGUCGUUGACCCAGAAGCGAUUCAGCCACCAGUUCGAAAAAGGGCAAAGUGUCGCUGAUGGUUGCGGUUUGCAAAAUAAUGCUUUCCAAAGCACACCCCCCUCGCCGACUUCCACAAGAGUACCCACUGCCCAGUUCCCCGUAUUCCACACGUCGGGGGACACCGCUGGCGCCAGGCGGCGCCUCUAUCUGACCGUGGUGGCGGCGUACAUGGCGUCGAUGUCGUUCGGCAUCACGUGCACCUAUUCGUCGCCUGCCCUGCCGGACAUACGCAAGAACAUCCACUUCACCGAGAAUGACACAGGAUGGUUCGGCUCAUUGGUCACCCUAGGUGCAGUCUUCGGGGGUCUCCUUGGAGGACAGCUUCUCAACUGGCUGGGGCGCAGGGGUACGCUGCUGUUCUCGACGGUCUGGUUCACGGCAGGCUAUCUCUUCAUCAUAUUCGGACCAACUACCAUCCUGCUCUUUGUGGGCCGAUUCCUGACCGGUGUCGGCAUGGGCAUGGUGGCCUUGGCCGUGCCCGUCUUCAUCUCAGAGAUCUGCCCCGCCAACGUGCGCGGUUUGCUCAAUACGGGAGGCAACAUGGUCCUCACCGUUGGAAUCCUCAUCACCUUCGUCUUGGGCAAAUGGCUCGACUACAAGUGGCUGGCCAUCUGCAGCCUCGCACCGAGCAUCGCCAUGGCUGCCACGCUGCCCUGGUCCAAAGAAUCGCCGCGCUGGCUGUUGCAGAAAGGGCGCCGCAAGGCGGCCACGGAGGCCCUACAGUUCUACCUGGGCACAGGGAUCGAGAAAGAGCUGGAGACUCUGGAGGCAAGCAUCAGCAACAACGUCGAAGCCUUCUCAUUGUGCGACCUCACGCUGCCGCACGUCUACAAGCCCUUCCUCUGCACCCUGCUUCCCAUGUUCAUGCAACAGUUUUCGGCGGUUUGCAUCAUCCUCUUCUUCGCGAACGACAUAUUCGCGGCCGCCGGGACGUCCAUCUCCCCCGAAGACUGCACCAUCAUUAUCGGCGCCAUACAGGUGGCCGUCCUGUUCGUGGCCACUCUUUUGACAGACCGUCUGGGAAGAAAGGUCCUGCUGCUGUUUUCGUCCGCCGUCGCAAGCUUGAGCCUCACCCUCCUCGGACUGUGCUUUCAUUUCAAGAAGGUUCAAGGUGAUUCGUUCCUCGAAUCCUAUGGCUGGCUGCCACUGGCCGCACUCAGCGUGUACUUCGUGGGUUACUCCUCUGGACUGGGUCCCCUCCCAUGGGUGCUACUGGGAGAGAUGUUGCCCCUGAGGGUCAAAGGCUUUGCCACGGGCAUCUGCACAGCCUUCUGCUUCGGUUGUGGCUUUCUGGUCGUCAAGGAGUACCAUGAUAUGCAGCAGCUUAUGGGCACGGACGGCACGUACUGGAUGUUCGCCGUCGUUGUCGCCGCCUGCUUCUUUGUCGUCCUGUUUUUCGUGCGAAACAAAAGGCAGAAGUUUAGAAGAUAUCGAACGAAUCUUUGGCAAUACAACUUCCUCGGUUUCGUCUGAAGACACUGACAGAAGGAACGGAGUCGCCAUGGACCUGUUACGGGCGUAGCACAAAUUCCCGUUUCUGUGAAGCACUGAAGAGUGUUCUGUUGACGUGUCAUAAUAGCGGGUAUUGUUCUCAAGCUACGAAACGACGCUUGGUAAAUAGCGACUCGUUUUGAACGGACUGCGCCUCGCACGGCGAAGAGCACAUCUCAACGAAAACACCAUACCGUUGUUCGAAAAUUGCAAUUUCCCUACUGAGACAUCUCCGACUGCACCUUUACUAGAGCAACGAAUGGUUCAGAAUUUCGAUGUCCACAAACCGGCAGUCUUCGGCUCACGAUUCGACGACAUUAUUUUCAUUGCGAGGUCUGUCGAUUUUGAGUGCGAAACACUUUUUUUAUUGUUUGUGUUCUUACGUACUGAGUUGAUUGGUGUGUGUAUGUGUGCGUGCGUGCGUGCGUGCGUGCGUGAAGGAAGAAAGUAUUUCCAAGACGCCCUACUGUUCCAGUAAAGGCCCAGGAAUCAAAGAAAUGAAGAUCCGCCUGAAAGCUGGUCUGUGAUAAAUGCGAAAGCAUCCUGCGCGGCCUACUUACAUAUGGCAAGGACGAAUAACUAGUUAUUACAUGUACAAGCGCCACCACCGCCCCCUACCCCCUUUUUUUUAUAUUGUUUCAUACCUACUGAAAAAGUAAAGCUUUCGCUGUUUUGAAUAAGACUUUUAUACAUA